AUGACGGCGUUCGGCGCCUUCCUGCACAAGGGCUCCUUCUGCCGCAACUGGUUCAACCUCCUGGACCUGCUCGUGGUCGGCGUCUCGCUCAUCUCCUUCGGCAUCCACUCCAGCGCCAUCUCGGUGGUGAAGAUCCUGCGGGUGCUGCGGGUGCUGCGGCCGCUGCGGGCCAUCAACCGCGCCAAGGGCCUCAAGCACGUGGUGCAGUGCGUCUUCGUGGCCAUCCGCACCAUCGGCAACAUCAUGAUCGUGACGACGCUGCUGCAGUUCAUGUUCGCCUGCAUCGGCGUGCAGCUCUUCAAGGGCAAGUUCUACAGCUGCACGGACGAGGCCAAACACACCCCCGCCGAGUGCAAGUGCGCCCUGGUCACCCCGUUGGGCACGUUCAUCGUGUACAAGGACGGCGACGUGGCGCACCCCACGGUGCGCGAGCGCCUCUGGCACAACAGCGACUUCAACUUCGACAACGUCCUGGCCGGCAUGAUGGCGCUCUUCACCGUCUCCACCUUCGAGGGGUGGCCCGCGUGCGCCACCGGCGAGGCCUGGCAGGAGAUCAUGCUGGCCAGCCUGCCCGGCAAGCGCUGCGACCCCGAGUCGGACGCGGGCCCCGGCGAGGAGUUCACGUGCGGCAGCAACUUCGCCAUCGUCUACUUCAUCAGCUUCUUCAUGCUCUGCGCCUUCCUGAUUAUCAACCUGUUCGUGGCCGUCAUCAUGGACAACUUCGACUACCUCACGCGGGACUGGUCCAUCCUGGGCCCCCACCACCUGGACGAGUUCAAGCGCGUCUGGUCCGAGUACGACCCGGCUGCCAGGGGCCGCAUCAAGCACCUGGACGUGGUGACGCUGCUGCGGCGCAUCCAGCCGCCGCUCGGCUUCGGCAAGCUCUGCCCGCACCGCGUGGCCUGCAAGCGCCUGGUGGCCAUGAACAUGCCCCUCAACUCGGACGGCACCGUCACCUUCAACGCCACGCUCUUCGCCCUGGUCCGCACCUCGCUCAAGAUCAAGACGGAAGGGAACCUGGACGUGGCCAACAAGGAGCUGCGCGCGGUGGUCAAGAAGAUCUGGAAGCGGACGAAGCCCAAGCUGCUGGACGAGGUGAUCCCGCCGCCCGAGGAGGAGGAGGUCACCGUGGGCAAGUUCUACGCCACCUUCCUCAUCCAGGACUACUUCCGCAAGUUCCGGCGGCGCAAGGAGCGCGGGAUGCUGGGCGCCGCCGGCGGCCCCAGCAACGAGCGGGCGCUGCAGGCUCCGCAGCAGCGAAACGUCGCUUUUUCCUCAGAGGAGGCCGUGGAAAGCCCCAAAAUCUCCCUUUUUUACCUCAGUAACCGUUGCCGCUCCCUCCCCCCUCCGCGGCGCCUCGUGCUGCACUAA